AUGCUCAUCCCGGGAAAUUGCCGGCACCGCAGCUUUCCCCGGCGGGGCCAGAGUCGUCCUCCCGAGCAAAACUGCUCAACUCCCGUAAAAGUUCUCCUCAGCUUCAACCAACCUCUCUCCACUCCCAUCUCUGAUCGCUCUUUGUCAUCUGGCAAGAUGUUCAAGAGCGGCAUUUCCUCCUUCGCCCGCGCGGCUCGCCCGGCCGUCGUCCCUCGACGUGCCCUCCGGCCUUCAUCUCUCCGACUCCCCAUCUCCAGCCGAUGGGCGAGCACUGCCAGCGUCGGCACCGGCAAGAUUCACCAGGUCAUCGGUGCCGUCGUCGACGUCAAGUUCGAUACUCAGAAGCUCCCCGCCAUUCUCAACUCUCUUGAGACUGAGAACAAUGGCCAGAAGCUCGUUCUCGAGGUUUCCCAACAUUUGGGAGAGAACGUCGUCCGUUGCAUUGCUAUGGACGGUACUGAGGGUCUCGUCCGAGGUGCUUCCGCCCAGGACACCGGUGCUCCCAUCACCAUUCCUGUCGGUCCCGCCACUCUUGGUCGUAUCAUGAACGUCACUGGUGACCCCAUCGACGAGCGUGGUCCCAUCAAGACUGACAAGCGCCUUCCUAUCCACACCGAAGCCCCCGAGUUCGUCGAGCAGUCCACCUCUGCUGAGGUUCUUGUCACUGGUAUCAAGGUCGUCGAUCUUCUUGCUCCCUACGCCCGUGGUGGAAAGAUUGGUCUGUUCGGUGGUGCUGGUGUCGGCAAGACCGUGUUCAUUCAGGAGCUCAUCAACAACAUCGCCAAGGCCCACGGUGGUUACUCCGUCUUCACCGGUGUCGGUGAGCGAACCCGUGAGGGUAACGAUUUGUACCACGAAAUGCAGGAGACUUCCGUCAUUCAGCUUGAUGGCGAGUCCAAGGUCGCCCUGGUCUUCGGUCAGAUGAACGAGCCCCCUGGAGCUCGUGCCCGUGUCGCCCUUACCGGUUUAACGGUCGCUGAAUAUUUCCGUGACGAAGAGGGUCAGGACGUGCUGCUUUUCAUUGACAACAUUUUCCGAUUCACUCAGGCCGGUUCCGAGGUGUCUGCCCUUCUCGGUCGUAUUCCCUCUGCCGUCGGUUACCAGCCCACCCUGGCCGUCGACAUGGGUGGUAUGCAGGAGCGUAUUACCACUACCACCAAGGGUUCCAUUACCUCAGUCCAGGCUGUCUACGUCCCUGCUGACGAUUUGACUGAUCCUGCCCCUGCCACCACUUUCGCCCAUUUGGACGCCACCACUGUCUUGUCUCGUGGUAUCUCUGAGUUGGGUAUCUACCCCGCUGUCGACCCUCUCGAUUCUAAGUCCCGUAUGUUGGAUCCCCGAGUUGUUGGUCAAGAGCACUACGACGUCGCCACCCGUGUCCAGCAGAUCCUCCAGGAGUACAAGUCUCUUCAGGAUAUCAUUGCCAUUCUGGGUAUGGAUGAGUUGUCUGAGGCCGACAAGCUUACUGUCGAGCGUGCCCGCAAGAUCCAGCGUUUCCUGAGCCAGCCUUUCACUGUCGCCCAGGUUUUCACUGGUAUCGAGGGUAAGCUCGUUGACCUUAAGGAGACCAUCAACUCCUUCAAGGCCAUCCUUAACGGUGAAGGUGACAACCUUCCUGAGGGUGCCUUCUAUAUGGUUGGUGACUUCGCCUCCGCCAAGGCCAAGGGUGAGAAGAUUCUUGCUGAGCUUGAGGGUCAGUAA